AUGCCGGAGAAGCGCGAGUCUCGCUGGUACUUCGGCGGGUUGGCCUCUUCGGGGGCUGCGUGCUGCACGCACCCGUUGGACCUGCUUAAGGUCCAUCUACAAACACAGCAGAAGUUAAAGAUGAGGAUGACGGGCAUGGCCAUAAGGGUGGUGCAGACAGAUGGCUUCUUGGCCCUAUACAACGGCCUCAGUGCCUCCCUCUGCCGACAGAUGACCUACUCCCUGACCCGGUUUGCCAUCUAUGACACGAUACGAGACUGGCAGGCAAAGGGGAAGCACGAGCCCCUCCCCUUCUAUAAGAAGGUGUUGUUGGGAUCUCUUGGAGGUUUUGCUGGUGGUCUUGUGGGGACUCCUGCAGAUAUGGUGAAUGUCAGGAUGCAGAAUGACAUGAAAUUACCUCUGAACCAAAGGCGAAACUACUCCCAUGCUUUAGAUGGCCUGAUUCGUGUUGCCCGGGAAGAAGGCUUAAAGAAAUUGUUUUCUGGAGCUUCAAUGGCAUCCACUCGAGGGGCUCUCGUCACUGUGGGGCAGCUAUCUUGCUAUGACCAAGCUAAGCAGCUGGUCCUCAGCACAGGAUUCUUCCCAGACAACAUCAUUACCUACUUCCUGUCCAGUUUCAUUGCUGUAACUCCUAACCUCGUUUCUCCACAGGGCGGGUGUGCCACCGUUCUGUGCCAUCCUCUGGAUGUGCUGAAGACACGUCUGAUGAACUCCAAGGGGGAAUAUGAGGGUCUUCUCCACUGUGCCAAGGAGACCGCAAAACUUGGACCACUGGCCUUUUACAAGGGCAUUUUCCCUGCUGGCAUCCGCCUGGUCCCCCACACCGUCCUCACCUUCAUCUUUUUGGAAGAACUCCGGAAAUACUUUGGAGUCAGAGUGAAUGUUUGAGCUGGGCUUGUUGCAUGGGGAGCCGUGCAGAUGCUGUGAGCUCCCCAGGCUAGCCAGGAUUCUUCCAAAGAGACCCAGGAGGCAGCACCUAAGUGUCUUCUUAGGGGCCAGUACUUUCUGCAUUCCUGCUUUGUUUUCCCCUUCUUUGGUUCAUGAGCAUGGUUGUCCCAAGGGCGCCCUGUCUUCACCAUCUUCUCUCCACCACCGUCUCCACAAUCUUAGGGAUCAAAACGGUCUUUUGUCCUGUCCUGACAGAAACCCCUUGAUUCUACUGGUCCCUUGGAGCUUGUCUUUGUAGCUUCAUUUGCCUUAACUAUCCCUCUGACCCCUCCUCUGGGCCCUCCGAAUGUUCUCGGGAUGUCAACUUCUGCCUCUUAGAAGGGGAGGACCCAAAAGGUUUCAUAGUCGAGCUGAAAAAACCUUGAAACAUGGCUUCUUCCCCCCCACUGCCUAUCCCUCCCUCCCUUAUCCCCCUCUGGACUUCCCUUUGCUUUUAUACAAGUGGGAAAAAUAUAUGUUUACAGGAAUUCUCUUUUUCUCCACCCCUGCCUAUCUUCCUGGGGGAUGUGAAGUGCAUUCUGGUGGUAGUGGCGGCCCUCCGUGCCAAGGAGGGGGUGGAGAUGUUUCCUCUCCCUGAGCAGUUGCAGAUCUUUUUAGAGGAAAGUCAACUACUGUAGUUAAUCCUGAGUUUGGGUGGUGAUUUUCCAUACCAUUUCAAAGUCAAAGAGAGACCAUGGGGUAUGUGCAUAUCAUAAUGGAAUAUUGAGCAUCCAGAUUUGCCUUGGUACCCCAGGUCAUCCAUACAUUUACGUUUCUUUUUUCCUUAUUCUCGUUUUGGGUUAUAUUAACUGGAAAAAAUGAGCAUUGUGAACUUCAUUCUUUUCCUCUUUUUUUUGAGUGCGAAAGAGGGAAAUUGAUAUCCAACAGGUAGGGUUCUCCAUGAAGAGAAAAAGCGUCUUUACUCCUUAUCUCAUCCUGCCUGUGCUACUUCUCCCUGCCUUAUUGUUUCUACCAUUAAAUCCAUCGUGUCUUCCA